UAUUUUACGCAUGUUAGUUAAACUAGCGAAUUUCUUAUCAUGCGCACCCUCCUCGUGGUUGUUCUGACACUGACUUGAACCAGCGAGUCACAGGCACAGACACACACUCAGCACGUGUUUGUUAUUCAAUGGCAAAUUGUUUAAUCUAUUCUACACUUCUUAAUAGCAUAGCAGCAUCACUGAGUCACUGAACGAGUCAACGUUCCCACUCUGCUUCUACCACCAUUUCUAAAACUUAACUUCUUUCUCUCUCUCUCUGACUCAGUGACGACUCAGUAGUCAAACUCAACCAAUGACGAGAAAGGUUUCAAAUUUGUCCGAUCUGAUCCAAAGGGUCACCGCUUCUUGUCUUCUCAACCCACUUGUCCCAAGAAGCAAGGAAGUGGAAGAGGACUCGACAAGCGAAUCAGAAGAAAACAGAGACGAAGAACAACAUUACAAUGACGAUGAUGAUGAUGAUGAAGAAGAAGUUGAGAGUGAUGAUUUCAACGGAGAAAAAAUGACGGGGUUGAAGGUUUUGAAAGUAAAGCAGAUGGAAGUGUUAAUGGAGGAAGUUUUCGAAACGGUGUCGUCGAUGAAGAGAGCGUACGUCAAGUUACAAGAAGCGCAUUCUCCGUGGGACCCAGAGAAAAUGAGAGUUGCUGACGUGGCGGUGGUUUCGGAUUUGAGGAAGCUAGCCGUGUUGAGGGAGAGGUUUCGUCGGAGUGGAGGUGGUAAGAAGAGUGGUCGGAGGAGAUGCGGUGUGGCGUCGGUGAGGGAGGUUGUAGCGCCGUAUGAGGCGGUGGUGGAGGAGUUGAAAAAGGAGGUUAAGGUGAAGGAUUUAGAGGUUCAAAAUCUGAAAGAGAAACUUGAAGGUGUUGUUGCUUUGAAUAAUAGUGGUGAAAAGAAGCCAGGGAGGUCUCAGUCUAAGAGAAAACUAGGAAUUCAAGCAAUUGCAAUUCCAACACCAGAACUCUUUGAAACAACUAUGGUGCAAGUAAGAGAAGCAUCAAAGUCCUUCACAUCAAUGCUUCUAUCUCUAAUGCACAAUGCACAUUGGGACAUAACAGCUGCUGUUCGUUCAAUUGAAGCAGCUACUGCUUCGACUGACAAAUAUCAUAACACUUCAACUUCAUCCAUUGUUUCAUCUCACCAUGCUAAGCAUGCACUUGAUUCCUAUAUAUCUAGAAAGAUCUUCCAAGGGUUUGACCAUGAGACUUUCUACAUGGAUGGAAGCCUCUCUUCACUCCUCAAUCCCGACCAGUUUCGGCGUGAUUGCUUCACUCAAUACAAGGACAUGAAGUCCAUGGAUCCUGCUGAGCUUCUCGGGAUCUUACCGACGUGUCACUUUGGUAAAUUCUGUUCUAAGAAGUAUCUUGCUAUUGUUCAUCCUAAGAUGGAGGAGUCCUUGUUUGGUAACUUGGAGCAGCACAGUCAAGUCAAAGCAGGAAACCACCCGAGGAGUGAAUUUUACAAUGAAUUUUUAGGGUUGGCCAAGACUGUGUGGUUGCUUCACUUACUAGCAUUCUCAUCAAACCCUCCACCGAGUCAAUUUGAGGUAAGUCGGGGAGCUGAAUUCCAUCCGCAGUAUAUGGAUAGUGUGGUGAAAUUUUCUGGUGGCCGGGUGCCAGCUGGUCAGGUUGUAGGGUUUCCGGUUAGCCCUGGAUUUAAGCUGGGGAAUGGAUCUGUUAUAAAGGCUAGGGUUUAUUUGAUAGCCAGAACAUAAUUUUUAGGAGAUAAGGAAGUGAUCAAAUUAUUUGCCUAGCAGGAUUACGAGGCUACUGAUGUAAUAUAAAAAUCCUUUGGCUAGGUUAUUGUUUUUUUUGGGUGAGUUCAGUUUGAACAUGCACUCUCACGACACUAUUUUGAAUUUGUCCUUGAAGUGAUAUUGUUAUAGUUAAUUCUAAAAAAUUAUGAUAGAAAGCAAAUGCUUUUUUUCUA